UAACUAAAAUAAUUUUCCUUUUAUGAAAACAAAAUGAAAAUCCCACACAGAAAUUAGGGAUUUGACACUACUGAAAAAGACGAAACAACAACACGCAUGGAAGGCGAAGCUCCAUCAAUGGAGAAUCCCAAAAUCUCAGCGUAUUAUCAGACUAGGUUAGCACACUUCGGCGUCGUCAGCACCGAGUGGCUAGCUCAGGCUCAGUCCGCAACAAAACCUAUCCCAUCAUCAUCAACCGACGCAUACACUGAUAAAGAUGCCAAUUUCUCUGUAAUCGAUGAAUUCAAUCGGUGGCGGAAUCAUCCCGAUUUGGCCGAGGCUGUCGCCGCAAUUCGUGCCCUCGCUGCCGUUAUCAGCUCUAGUAAAGCUUCCACUAUGAUGCAACUCGAAAUCGAACUCAAAAACGCCUCUGAUACCCUCAAAGCAUGGGAUACAACCUCUAUCUCAUUGACAGCGGCGUCUGAUUUGUUUAUGAGAUACGUUACAAGGACAUCAGCUUUGGAAUUUGAAGACUUCAAUUCUGCUAAAGCUCGCUUGAUUGAGCGGGCUGACAAGUUUGGGGAAAUAUCCUACAAGGCUCGCAAGGUUAUUGGAAUGCUUAGUCAAGAUUUUAUCUUUGAUGGCUGUACUAUUUUGGUUCAUGGUUUUUCUAGGGUUGUCUUUGAAGUUCUUAAACUGGCUGCGCAUAAUAAGAAACGCUUUCGGGUCUUCUGCACAGAGGGGAGACCAGAUCGAACAGGUUUAAGGCUGUCCAAUGAGCUGGCCAAGCUUGAUGUUCCUGUGAAACUUGUGAUAGACUCUGCAGUGGCUUAUACCAUGGAUGAUGUGGACAUGGUAUUUGUCGGGGCAGAUGGAGUUGUUGAAAGUGGUGGUAUAAUUAAUAUGAUGGGAACAUAUCAAAUUGCGUUGGUUGCAAAGAGUAUGAAUAAACCAGUUUAUGUGGCUGCUGAAAGCUACAAGUUUGCUCGUCAUUACCCUCUCGACCAAAAGGAUUUGGCACCCGCCCUACGACCAGUUGAUUUUGGUGUACCUAUUCCAUCCAAGGUUGAGGUCGAAUGCUCUGCCCGGGAUUAUACUCCUCCUCAGUAUUUGACUUUGCUUUUCACAGAUUUAGGCGUUCUUACUCCAUCAGUUGUUAGCGAUGAACUCAUCCAGCUAUACUUAUAAUCAUCCUCAUAUGGUUCUCUUCUGAUUUUUAUAAUGUUGGCCUCAGAUAAAGAUAGUUUCUCUUAUGAAACCGCUUUGUAAUACAAGUAUGUGCAUUGACAACUUCAGUAUCACUGGGGAGAGUUUCUAUUGCAUUUGUUAGGUCUAGUUUCUAAGAAAUGCAAGGGCUGCAAGUUCAACCUAAUAUUUGCUAGUCAUUAUUACCAUGCAUCCAAUUUUGGUUAUUUGCUUUUCCAUGUAAUCAUAAGAGAGAAUUCUGUUCAAGAUACUGUUAGACACUAAAUGUGAAUUCUUCUUCCAGA